GCUAGCCGACCUAGCCGAUAGCCACUUCGACACUCACGGCGCUAGACUCCCGACAAGGGAAUUUGUACAGGCAGUCAAGGCAGCGGCGUUCAGCAGCGAGCACCAGUCGCGAUGCCGCGGUCGUCGCGCGGUUACAAUUCUGGCGAUGGCCAGCGAGGAUGCGCUGCAGCACACCGCGUCGCUGCUGCUGCUCUCGCUGAGCCGCGCGGCCGUGUCGGAGGGCGUGCACGCCGGCGAAACCCUGGACCGCGGCACGGUGCUCAUCACCUGGACCCCCCGGGGGCUGGAGCUGUGCAAGCAGCUGCCGUACAAACAUCGCUGCGUGCUGGACACUGAGCACCGCACGUCCGGCAGCAUGGGUUUCCACGGGCAGGGCUUCAACGCGCUUGGGUUCGCCAAGGCCAAGUACAUUCUCAACACGCUGGCGGUGGGGAACGAUGUGCUGUUCCUGGAUGCAGACACACUCGUGUUGCGGGACCCACUGCCCUACCUGAUAAGCCGCGGUGCCGACAUGUCCACCUCACUGGACCGCUGUCUGGUGUUCAACGACACGCUCGCGUACCGCCGCCACCGGCCCACGCUCAGGAGCAGCAGCAGCAGCCACAGGCGCCUCAGCAGCCGCAGCGCCCGCAGCAGUAGCAGCCACCACCAUCACCACAGCAGCAUCAGUGGCAGCAGCGCCAGCAGCAACAGCGGCAGCAGCAGCAGCAGCAGCAGCAGCAGCGCCAGUCAAUCCAAGUCCCAGAACAAAGAGCCCCAAUCUGCAACGAGCAAUCCAACCGCCUCAGGCUCCGAAUCUGCCACCAGCACCCACAGCCCCCAGCCCGAGCCUGAGCCCGACUACCUGUCUUGGCGCUGGCCGCUGCCGCCCUCCAACAUCGGCAUGCUGUACUUCCGCGCCAACGCGGCGGUGACGCGCUGCGUGUACUCUUGGAUGACCGACAUGCGCUUCGAGGCGGACAUCAAUCCCAAGAUGUGGGAUCAGGACAUGUACGGGCGUGUGAUGUCCAAGUGCGCCGCACUGCUGGGGCUGAGGUGGCAGGCGCUGGACCCGCGGCUGUUCCAGAGCGCGUGCUUCAAGGAGUGCGGGUGCGCGCACGAGGACGCGGACGUGGGGGAGCCGGGCCGUGUGGGCCGGGACGGCGGCCACCUCCCCUACAUGGCGCGGGGGGACGCGGUGGAGGCGGUGGAGGCGGUGGAGGCGGCUGGCCGUGCUGGUGGUGGUGGUGGGGCUGGUGGGGCUGGUGGGGCUGGUGAGGGCAUUGGUAGUGAUCGUGACGAGGUCCGGGCUGCAGGCGUGGCUUCAAGGCGCGACACGGUGGAUGGGGACGACCGCCACCGACGUACGACGCGAGGGUCGUUGAAGGAUGGGGUGGAGGGCGAAGUGGACGGGCAGGCAGGGGGUGAGGACGCGGGCACCGAUAAAACGGCGGAGGGCCAGCGAGAGGGAGGGCAGCGGCCGCAGCAACAGGAGGAGCAGGAGGAGGAUCAAGCUCCGGAACAGUGGGAGUUUGACUACAUGUGUGACCCGGCCUUGUUUGAGGGGUGGGUGGCACGGCAUUUCCCCUGCUCCGGCCUGGCACCCGUCAAGGCGCAGCUCAUGGCAAACCUGCUGCGGGGGCUGCGGCAGCACACGCCGGUGCGGAUACGAUACCGGCCUUGAGGCUUGAGCUGCGUGACAGCUUGACAUGUGCAGCUGUAGCAGGUAUGCGGCUAGAGUGAAGUACUGCCCUGAGUUGUAUGUGCCUGGUAUGCGUUGCUGGAACAAUGUUGACAGUAGAUGACAUGCUGCGGUUUCUAUGACGAGUCCCAAGGAUAACAUGAGCUAGUGAUCACACGCGAAUGGAUUUACACGCCCACGUGCGCAUGGCGAGCGUAUGUCAAGUAUCUAAGUGGUUCCUAUGAUGCGUGCACAAGAAUGAGGAUACCAACUCAAGUAGUACCGUACCGCCGUAUGAGGUGUGUAUGAUGCAUUACUGUGUUAGCUAGCUGUGUGUUAAGAAGCAGAAGGGGGAAAGGUCGACACGGUGUUGGCUGUAAACGUGUGCGUGGGCCUGUGGAUGGCGUGCAGUGCAGCAGCCGUGUGGGGCAGGGAGGAUGAGGCAGGUGGUCCAACAGCAGGUCACAGGCGCCAAGCAAGAAGCGUUGUCCACAUGGUCAAGAAAUGGGGUGGCGCAGAGCAGUUUUGUGGGCGCAGGGAGGAGGGCGCGCUGAGUAUGGUGUACAUGAGCGCAGAAUCGUAUAUGUGUGGGGUAGAGGGGUAGUCGUGGUGUAGCCGUGCUGCCAAUGCAUUUGGCGUGGCGAGGCGCUCUCCCAGAAUGUGUUACAAUCUGUAGCCAUAUAUAUCG